AACGCAUUGUAUGUUUACAUGCACAUAUCUGUAUAACAGCUAUAGAGAAACUACUAUAAUAAUAAUAAUAUUGAAGGAGAAGACUGCAUGUAAUAAUAAUGACAGCAGUUAAACAAAAACGAUCGAAAUGGGCUUUGGAUUUUGCUCACAAAAAUAAACAAGAAAGAAAUGUGGACAUUUCUUCUCCACCAGGUUAUACACCAGCUGUUGCUUUAUUUCAUGCUGUAGAUUCAAUCAGAGAAUCAGAUCCCAAUCACUUAAUAAUUAAGAAAUCAUGGGAUUUAGCCCUAGGUCCUCUUAAGCAAGUUCCAAUGAAUUUAUUUAUAAUGUACAUGGCGGGUAAUUCCAUAUCAAUAUUUCCUAUUAUGAUGGUUGGUAUGUUAAUUAUUAGACCUGUAAAAGCAUUAUUUACUCUUCAACAAACAUUUAAAGUAAUAGAAGGAACUCACGCUUUUGGACAAAAGUUUGUGUACUUUUUGGGACAAUUGGUAAAUAUUGCAUUAGCAUUAUACAAAUGUCAAUCAAUGGGAUUACUUCCAACACACGCAUCUGAUUGGUUAGCAUUCGUAGAACCACAAGCACGAUUGGAAUAUUCUGGUGGUGGAUUUAUAUAUUAUGAUGUAAGAUAUAAUUAG